AUGUUUUUUAUUUUGAUUCUGAGCUUGCUGACGAGAAUGUCGCAGGCAAUGGAUCUGACGCAGAUUCUGACCAUGUCGGCCAUGUCAGGAGGCGAGGAAGUUGACCCACUCCAGAUCAUGCUUAUGACACAACUUUUGGAGGACGAUGAGGAAUCACCUGAUGGCGAGUCUAACUCUGGAAUGGACAUGAUGACCAUGAUGAUGAUGAUGCAAGGUGGACUUUUUGGAAACCCUUCUGACGAAUCAAAUGAAAAACCAUCUUCUCAGAUGUCUGCAAUGUUGCCUAUGCUUAUGAUGAUGGGUGGUAAUGGAGGCGACGAUCCACUGAUGAGACUCUUGCCUAUUAUGAUGCUCAUGAACGGUGGAGGUGAAUCAGAAGCUGACUCCAAUGCUAUGGCCAACUUUCUACCUCUCAUGCUGAUGAUGUCUGAGGAAAAGACUGAUGAAGAUGGAAACGUUGUCGACGGUCUCGAUCCACUCAUGAUGUUGCCUCUGAUUAUGAUGUCAAAAGGUGGCAUGGCUGCGGAAGGCGCCUCGAGUUUGCUCCCCUUGCUUCUGCUUGGCGGUGGCGAAGAUGGAGAUGACGACAUCUCGAAAAUCUUGCCACUGAUGAUGAUGAUGUCUGGCACAACUACCACGCAGCCUGGCGCCAAUCCCAUGCUCCCAAUGAUGAUGUCUAUGAUGAAUGGAGGAGACGAAAUGAUGCCGAUGCUCAUGAACAUGCCGCAACCACCUAUUCGAGAUCCACGAACAGGAUAUAUUAGCCCACCAAGAACCGAUAACAACCAAAUGAUGAUGAUGUCAGCGUUGAUGGAGCAGGGCAAGAACCAAAAUAUAUUUGAUCGAAAAUAG